AUGCAAGGAGAAAAAAAAAAAAGACGUAAUUUAUCACUCAAUGGCUUCUCAAAUGAUCAAUCUAAAAAUGCCUUCCAAAAGCAGAAGUCCACUAAACUCUUAGUGAAGUUCGUGGAGCCAAAAUAUAAUCAAUAUCUGAUAAGGCAAGGUUUGAUCUACAACGCAAGAACGCCAGAUAGUGCCCCGAGCGACUUUUGCGUGUCCGUGCGAGCUUACGGUGGGGAGCUCGACCGUCAUUGA